GGAGUAGAAGCCUCUGUAUUCUGUUCACCAACCUCUUUGUUCACGUAAACAAACAGUGAGCUUGAGCUUACUGGGUAGCGGAUGAUGUGAACUGCGUUGAAUGUUUUGAGAUAUAGGAAAUAUGCGGCUAUGAAGCUGAAGCGAGAAGAUGUGAUUUUCUGUUGGAAAAGACUGACAGUAGCAUGCCACGAAUAACUGUAAGGACGGAUUUGUUUACUAAGCAGAUAACAGGGUUGACCUCUCAGAUAAACAUGGAUGUUUCUAAGGAAACGGAACUGAGGCAUUUAAUUCGUAGGGAACAGCGUCGAAAUCGGAGGAGACGAAGGAGAAAUGAAGUUGGUUCGUGUGUAAUUUGUCAAGAAAAUGUACUAAGGAGUGUUAGCAGUGUUUUAUCUUGUGGGCACUACUUUCACACACACUGCAUUUUUGCCUGGAUUAAUGCUAAUACCUCUUGUCCAACAUGCAGAGCACCAGUUGAAUGUUACAAUAUAUGAACAGUGAUGUGGGCUUAAGAUACUGGAGAAGAAUAUUUAUUUCCUUGUUGUGUAUGUACCAGAGACAAAUGUUACCUAUUGUUAGUAAAAAAAAAAAAACCAUCUGUAUAGAACUCACUGUUACAAAAGGUGCUGCAUUGGCAUGCCAAAUUUAUUAUAGUGGGAAUUCAGCAUUCACAUAAAAUGAUAUAAGCUCAUAUGUUGAUAUAUUGGCAUUGUGUUGUAUUCAACUAAUUUUAAGAUACAUGUUGUGAAAUACUGCUACUUUUGUGUUUCAUUGUCCUUUGUCUCACAAAAAGUGUCUGAAAUAUGUUCUUGGUAUAAAACAAGAAGACAGUUAGAAGUACACAAAUGUAAGGAGAAUAGAGUCCAGAAGAUUUAUCAGAGGAGAAUGUAUGUAGAAAAAAAGAUGUAAAAGAAAACAAAUGUGGAAUAAACUUUUUAAGUGUA